UGAAGAAAAAAAACAGCCCAGCUUCCAUCGCGCUCCUGCAACCCCAACGCGACGGUGAAAUUGGAUUUCCGCCACCCACCGCCGCCCUGUCCACCGGCGAUCGUCUCCCUGCGUCAGGAGGAGGCUAGAGGGAUCCUACCCUCUGGGGCGGUAUGGCUUCUGCGUCUCUCCUCGUUGGACCUGGCCCGAAGGUACUCUUAUCGCGGUUCCGGCGUCGAGCGCAAUGGUGCUUUUCCCCGCCGUCGAGCGCCACCAUUCGUCCGCCAAUGUACGGACGAAGACACGUGCUAGCGUGUUCCCCUUCUUGUCGCGCUUGGGAUAGAAAGGCGCGGUUAUUUACUUGAGCGCUUUGGCGAGGUUAUGCUGCCCACGUAGUACAGGUGUUUGUCGUAAUGCUUGUGCGGUGUGUGCUGUGGGCGUUUCACCUAGAGGAACCUGCGAACUGGAUGAUCACUAGGAUAGUAGGAUUAAAUGAACAACCAGUACUGGUACCACGUUUGCAGCUUUAAACAUGUAGCAAGUUUGCAACAGUUUAAUUGGAGAAACUUGGUGCUGUGACCGUCAGAAGGGGAUGAUGUAGAUGCCGCCUUGAGGUUUCCAGGUUGAGUUUGUAUUCUCCUUUGAAAUACAACAGCCGUUCUAUGUUCUAACAUCCUACCUGUAUCUUGAUCUUUAGAAUGCUGGUGAUUUGUUGUCCUUAUCGACUCUUUGUUCUGGUUCAGGCUUCUUGAGAAGCUGUGCAGUAGCUGGUGUUUUGCAUUGGCACUGUAUAGUCUGUCUGAUGAGAGGAUACUGAGUUAGAAUUACCUGCUCGUGUAGCUGAAGAAAAACCAUGAGUCAUCCGCUACAUGAAAGCAAUGUACACUUGGGGUCUUUGGCACUGCAAAUUCAGCCUAUUUUGUUGGUCAUUUAUCAGUAUGCAUACUAGAUUCGGCCCAACAGAUCUCCUUCUGUAAAAAAAAAAAUCUGUUUCUCUACAGUCCAAAAUUGAACCAUGCCCAACUAUGGUAUGGUUGGCCUACUGGCAUCCGUUUAGUCCUACCUUUCCAUUUGAUUGGCAUGGUUGAAUACUUGGACAGUCUAUUCAAAAUGUUGAACUACAAAGAACUCUAUUAUUUUGCUCAUGGUAACUGAUAAGGUCAGAAGUGUCAGUGUUAUGUGCCUAUAACUGAUUGUAUAUAGACUAUAUAAUUGGUGCUCCCUCCGUCCCAUGAAGAAUGCAAUUCUAACUUUUUUCGGACAGAUUAGUGGUGGUGUGAAAAGACUCACAUACCCUCAUUUGUUUGCCACGUACGGUUAGUUUUGACAUGCAAAUUUAAUCUGACCACUUAAUUAGGCUGGUAGUUGAGAUCCAAUUCCUAGGAUUGCACUGCACUCUUUGUGGGAUUUUUUUUUCAAACGCAGGAUUGCACUCUUCAUGGGACGGAGGGAGUAUGUAUGUAGAGAUCUCAGUAGGCUAAGAUCCAACAGAUGAAAUGGCAGCCUUCUCGCUUCUCUUGAUCAGCUGUAAGUUGUGUGAAUGAAUGGACUGAUUUAUUUCAUUUGCUGGUAACAUACAAGUUAAAGUCCUUAAUCAGCAUGGUAGACACUUUUAUGAAUUUCUAAUACUUUGCAUGAUGAUUACCAGCGCUUACGAUUUUUACAGCAAAGACCUAAAGAAAAUUCCAAAUGAUGACGGUAAUGAUCAUCCUACUAUACUGUUGUCCUUUAAGCUGAUAAUGGCGAUUAGUAUAAAUGUUCACUCCUGAUGAGUAUACUUUGCAACUUGUUGGAAGUAGUUUGGUAGCCUUUUAUGUUAUGCUUUCUUGUGAUUUUAUAUGUGGUGUCAUAUGCGUCAGUACCUGCAGGUAACUUCUUGCAUAAUCAUUUUCUCUAAAGCAAUUGGACAAUAUUUUUUGUUUGGAAACAGCUGGCACUAAGAGAAUGGGCCACUGAAUGCUACUUUGCUUCGUGGACCAGUAGGAAAGCAAUGUGCCAAUUAUUCUGUUUGUUGAUUUGGUCUUCAAACGGUUGAUUCAACCGUACAGGAUUUCAACUCCUUGACUGUUUCACUCAUUGCUCCUCAGAUUUCAGGAAAAACAAAGAUAUGCUGACCAAGUGCAGAGGCUGGUUCCUCUGUAUUGCUUUCGAGAUAUGGUUCCUCUGUAUUGCUAAAUCUGAAAGUUGAGGAGCUGCAUCAACUUGGGAGAACUUGGGUGAAUUGGAAUUUUUUGUGCACAGAGUUUUGGGCUCCCACAUCAUAGCUUAUGUGAGCGAACUGCAAGUUUGAUGAAACCUUUGCCAUAGUCCAGCCAACUUGCAUGGCUGCAAUGUUCCAAGUUUAUCGCUGGUAUGGAAGCAGGUUAUCUGAAGAGAACUGCUGCUGCUUAACUGAAGCAAUGAGGUCCUUAGUAAUUUUGGUUUUUAUCCACUGUUCCUGAUCAAACAUACUGCACUAUUGGAUUAUGUGAUAUUGGUAUAGUGGGGUUGGUACCUGUGAAUACUCAUGUCCGACUUCUUCGAGUAAAAUGAAUGCAGCCUUUGUGGACUUUCAGUCAGCAAGUUGCUGCUCAUGUCCAAUGGCUCUCCACCGCCAAAUGUGAACUCGAUGACAGUAAGGAGACUCCAUUGUGCCAAUUUUAUCAAAUACCAAAUAAUCAGUUAGAUUUUAAUAUACAAGUUGUUGUGAACAUGGUGCAGAGCUUUGUUCGGAGUAUACUAGUAGAAGGUGAAAACAUUUUGGGCAGUAACUGAAAUGCAAGUAUCCAAAUAAAGAGAGCAGAAUCCUGUGAUCCUGUCGUGAUCCAACCAUCAGAGCCUAAUCUAGCUUUUGCUGAUUUAGAAUUUACAUGAAGAGGUGUGAACUUUUGAGACUUUGUAGUGAACUAAUGUCUCAGAACUGACUAGACAAAAAGGUGAAGGAAACUAUGGUUGAUGGUCAGAACUCAGAACUGAAGGCAAGAAAGGAGAGUAUCAACAAAUGAUGCAUCAGUGGAUUCCAAGGCAAGUACAAUGUCAUUCCAACUUCCAAACGUCCAAUCUCCUGUCUCUGCCAUUCAUGAAGUGAAGUAUAGGGUACUUCUGAAUUCAAAUACAAAAUUGCAGCAGUUCAGAGUUCAACGCUUCAGUGCCUUUAGGGAAAAAAAAGGACACCGAACUUCAGAAUAAGAAUUCCUGUCAAUGACCAACUAUAAUAUUGUAAGCUCAUGCCUUCUUCAUGUAGACAGUUCUCUCGCAACAAGACACGGUAACACACGUCCCAUGACUUGGUAACUCUCCAGUUAGCACGUAAGUUUUUCAUACAAUAGAUGUGUUGUUGCCUUUGAGCUGGCGUAGUGAAAUCAGCAUAAUGAGCUGUGAUUGGAGAUGGUCAAAGGGUUGCCUUCUUGCAUGGCUACUUACUUUAUAGAGGGACACAAUCUUUAGACCACCCCAUCACUUUCUUUGUGUGAAAGGGUUGCUGAUUGCUAAAUGAUGGCCUAAGGGAUUGCCUAAGUGCACAUGUCAAAUGCUAACCACCAUCCUAAUUGUACCGUGGUUAUGUGAACUGGCAGAUGGUUCAGUGGCUCUUGUUAUUUAUUUCACUUUUUUUUAUACCACCUUUGUGUCAAAAUCCAUAUGCCUGAAAUUUUCAUUAUUCUGAAAAUGGCAAGUCAGAGAUGACACUUGGACUGCAGCCACUGACGGCUAAGCUGCACAUUAGUCAUGUGCAUUGAUCGAGGAAAGUUUCAUUAGUCAUGUUCCAACUUGGAAGACUUUUCAAGUUCAGCGUUCAGACUUUUCAGGUUCAGGGCUGGAUGAGACAUGGUUUGGUAAAGGCCUGGGAUCUAAGAAGGGAAGACUGGACAAAUUUAAUAAAUGAUAAGUAGACAAAACUGACAAAAUGAUCAGAUGCAAGCAUGUCUUGCUCAAAAAGUCAGUCAAUAUACAUGCAGAUCGUCAGUGUUCUUUUGAAAGUGAUACUGUUUGGUUGGUUGGUAGUUCAGCUGAUACAAAGCCAAGCUGAUGCAGGUCGGAAUUGUGGCAUAUGAAAUGGCUUCUUUGAACUAGUGAUGUGUUCUCCUAAGUUCAGAACGUGCUCAAAUGAAAGGUUUGAUUUUCUUACGCACUUCAUCUCGUUACAAGCACUAUAUUUAUUGACAAAGUAUUCAUCAUUCUUUGAGGAAGUGCAUAUCUGAUACUACUUUAUAGCAUGGACACAAUAUAAGAGUACGAUAAUGUUGUUGUGGCUGUUUUGUUCCCUUGUAAGAAGCUUCUUGUCCUGGCUACCAGAGUUUGUUUGUCAACCCCUACAACCUUCAAUGACAUCAGUCCGUUCCAACCUACCAAACUCUUGUCCAAGUUAAGUAUUGAGUAGAAUGAGAAUUAUUUGCACUAUUUGACUGCUGCCAGUUUAUCAUCCACAUUUACAUUCAUUAGCAAUAUCCUGUUUGCGUGUUUGGUAGAUGACACAAACGCUAAAGUAAUAACAGGACUGAGUUCUUCAUGGUCAAGGUCACAAUAACAACAUUGUAAACUGAAUUAGCAGCUGCUGUUUGAUGGGAUUAUCCUGAAUGUUUACGUUCAUUAGCAAUAUCCUCUGUGAGGUUUGGCAGACGAUACUUUUUUUAAGAUAGUUUGGUAGACAAUACAUGGAACUCUAAAGUAAUAACAAACCUGAAUUCUUCAUCGUCAAGGUUACAGCAACCAUUCUCAACUGAAUUAGAAGAUCAAUCUAGAGCAGGAAAAGAUUACAUAUAAUACGAAAGAUUGGUCAUGAACUUUAAUACAUAUGCUGUUCAAUUUGGUUACUGAGCUCCUCUAUCAGCUGGUAGUGAGUCCGUUUACCUUCAAAUUUCUUGGAUUUUUUUUUCAACUUGCACUUGGCUUAACAUCUUAGGAAACCAAACAUUUGGAGCCCUAAUACAUCUACAGAUAGGUUGUAAGAAAUCUAGAUAGAUUCAUAAAGCAUUGUUUCAAAGUGGGAAUGAAAUAACUUACAAAUAAUCUGUAAACUGGAAGGGCAUUAGAUAAUUGUGUAACUUAGAAACAAAAAAGGACGAUCAUGAAAUUCUUGCUAAUAGGUAGUAACAGCAAGUAGAUAUUUCUAUAUAGUAUCAUGUGCAUGUGUCCCCUUCCAUGCAGAUCCUAACAACCAGAAGCUAUAUUAGAAGACGGAGUAUAUACUUGAGUACUACAAAACUUGUCAGCAAGGAAAUCAACAUGUUGAUUAAGCAAGUUGAGAGGCUACAAUCGACUGCCCCAUUAAUUUUUUAUGGACUAAUUCAUUUUCCUCGUACAACAAACAGAAAUAAAAAACAUUGGUUCAAAUAAACGCGCGAAGGCUUCACAAUGGCAUAGCAGCCCGUGCAAAGCAAGCGAAAGGGACCAAGGAGCAGCAGCCUGGCCAAGUGGCAGCAUCGUCGUGGGGCCCAAAAAUCCAGCCUCAGCGUUUUCCGGUGAUGCACGCGUACCUAGUCCUCGAGCUGCCUUUUCUUUGCGAGAGUUUGUUGCAACCAACAACUAACUUAUCAAUGGGGAGGCAACCGUGCUGCGACAAGGUGGGGUUGAAGAAGGGGCCGUGGACUGCGGAGGAGGACCAGAAGCUUGUCAGUUUCCUCCUCAACAACGGCCAGUGCUGCUGGCGCGCCGUGCCAAAGCUCGCCGGAUUGCUGCGUUGUGGGAAGAGCUGCCGGCUGCGGUGGACCAACUACCUGCGGCCGGACCUGAAGCGCGGGCUGCUGUCGGAGGAGGAGGAGAAGACGGUGAUCGACCUGCACGCGGAGCUGGGCAACCGGUGGUCCAAGAUCGCGUCACACCUGCCGGGGAGGACGGACAACGAGAUCAAGAACCACUGGAACACCCACAUCAAGAAGAAGCUCAGGAAGAUGGGCAUCGACCCCGCCACCCACAAGCCCCUCCAGCCCGCUCCUCUUCCUCAGGAUCCAGCCGGCUCGCCGGAGGAGGAGAAGAUCGUCACGGCAGUCACGCCAGGACACGAGGCGUUCUGCACCGACGACGUGCCCAUGGCGCACCUCCUGGACGACAUCGUGUUUCCAGGUGACGUGGCCGGCGCCCAGCCCGCUCCCAGCGACGGCGUCACCACGGCUUACUCGCCUGACCAGUCUUCCUCCGCCUCAUCCUCGUCGUCCUACUCCGCCUCGGCGGAAGCAUCGAGCGGUGGCAGUGGCAGCGGCAGCAUCGACGGCGAGUGGCCUGAUUUGCCGCCGAUGGACUGGCCGGAGUCGAUGUGGCAGCUGGAGGACGUGGUAACGGGGCGAACGCCAUGGGAGUUCGAGGACCCCUUCCUGACGUACCAGAGGAUGGCCUUGUUCGAUCACCAGGAAACUUGGACCAACAGCAAGAUCGAGCUCUUCUGAGAAUCAGUCGUUCUUUGCAGCUAAAAAUAUUAAUCGACAUGCGUACACGUUAUGUUCCUGAACAAAAUUACAGCAGCUUUGCACAUUCACCGCUGGUGCAUUUGCCUAUUAGAAAUAGAAAAAAUCAGAGAGACAAUUCGUUCAAAAAUAGAAAAGUAAGAAAAGGAAAUGAAGUGGUGGUUGUGUGAGAGUAUAUCACCCUCUUUCUUUCUUCUUCUUUUUUCUCUCUGUAUUCCUAUAUUCCAUAUUUCUUUUUGGGUGCAUGCGUUCGACAUGCACACGUACGUCCAGCGUCUUGUACAGAAUGUAAGCAUAAAGAAUCUGGAUAAUGAAAUGGGAGAAAAUGGUCACUUUUCUACA